AUGAUUGUAGCCACGGCGGCAUUGCUGCUGCUACCGCUGGCGUUCAUGCUGAAGAAGCUCCUGUUUCCGAACUUCGACCCUCGUGAACCUCCGGUGCUCCGUCCAAGACUGCCAGUGUUCGGACACAUCACCUCUCUCAUCAGAGAAUCAGGCAGCUUCUAUGCCAGAUUGUACAAUGAAAAUAAAAUGCCGAUUUGCACACUGCCAAUGUUACAUGGCAAGAUGUAUGUGGCAAACUCACCUUCUCUGAUCGCAGCGGCCAUGUGCCAUGGAGACAUUUCCUUCGAGCCAUUUCAGAUCGAAGCCUCGUCGGCCGUACUGGAUCUUCCGAGUCAUCAUAUAGACACUCUCAUGCAACCGGGAAUCUUGCAUCAAAUUGAGAAAACUAUGGCGGCCAAUCUACGCCAGGACGCGCUACAAAAGAUGAAUCGUGCUGCUUUGGAAUACCUGGCAGGGGUGUUGAAUACAAUCAACACCAAGAGCACACUCGAAGAGUCCGAUGGAUUCGAAUGGAUCAAGGGUACCGUGACCAUGGCCACUGCGACUGCUCUGUACGGGAAAGACAACAUGUGGGACGUCGAGAAGCUUGAGGAUCUUUGGACAUUUGAGAAAGGUGCAGCGCUCUUGGUGAUGAAGUUUGCACCGAACCUGGUUGCUCCCAAGGCUAUCGCUGCUCGGAAGAGGAUGAGUGAUCUCAUCCAACCCUUCUACAAGGCACGAAAAGAUGAGAAUUCGAAUGUGGCGAAGAUUCUUCAAGACCGAGCUAGGUACCUCCGUGAGCUGGGGAUGCCAUCUGAGGACCUCUCCCAGACCGAGUUUCUGAUUCUCUUUGCUGCAACAUUGAAUACGGCACCGAACUUGUUCUGGACCUUUGCCGAGGUAUUCUCUAGGCCAGAGUUCAUUGAGCGUAUCCGGCAGGAAGUCCUACAGGUGGCCGUAGCAACGAAGACCGAGACGGGACGAGAUGUGACAAUCAAUGCCAAGAAUCUGGAGGCAGACUGUCCUUUCUUAGGCGCUUGCUUCCGCGAAGUUCUGAGACUGCACAGUGCGCAGAUAGGGAACCGACGUGUUAUGAAGGAUGCAACGCUGGAGGACACGGAUGGUCGUCAAUAUCUGUUGAAGAAGGGUACCAAUAUGCAGUGGUCGGCAAGCGUCACGCAUUUUAUGCCGGAGAUUUGGGGCGAUGAUGCCGCCUCUUUCAAGCCGGAGCGAUUCCUUGACGUUGAUCCUCGGGAGGAGAAACGGAGACGUGGGGCACUGAUCCCGUUCGGCGGCGGCCGCUACCUGUGCCCCGGCCGUCACUUUGCCCAAACGGAGACUCUCGGGUUCGUCAGCGUGUUGGCUCUUGGGUUCGACGUGAACGGCGUCAAGGUUCCUGCGGCGGAAGCUCCGCCACUAGGUGGAGCGAUGAGACGCCCGGCGGGUAAUCGGGCAGCCGAGCAUAUCAAGAUUUCGCGACGGGAGGGUUGGGAAGACGUGACAUGGAGAUUCGUAUGUUAG